AUGGCAGCAGUCAGCAUGGGCUCCUGCCCUCUGCUGCUGCCCCUGCUGCUGGGGCUGCGAGUGGCUGAGGUCCCAGUCAGGGCCAAGCCCAGCAACAUGACCUCGGCUCAGUGGUUUGAAAUUCAGCACGUGCAGCCCAAGCCUCAGAGAUGCGAUGCGGCGAUGGGCAAGGUCAACAAGUACACAAAACACUGCAAACCCUUCAACACUUUCCUGCAUCAGUCCUUCUCCAGUGUGGCUGCCACCUGUCAGACCCCCACAGUAGCCUGCAAGAGGGGCCGAAGGAACUGCCACCAGAGCAAAAAGCCUGUGUCCCUGAGCACAUGUGAGCUCACCUCAAGGAAAUACCCAGGCUGCAAGUACAAAGAGAAGCGACAGGUCGCUUCUUACAUUGUGGCCUGCGACCCUCCUGAGAAAGGGGACUCUAGGAAAUUCAAGCUGGUUCCUGUGCACGUGGACAAAACCCUUUAG